GUCCUCAGGCCCAACUGAUGUAAAAUCAUUUUUCCACAAAAACCCUAAUAUCCUUACCAUACAGCUCAUUCGUUUCCAUCGUUGAACACUCAACUGCAUACACCGCCGUUCAACCGAAACAAUCAAAAACAAAAUGAUCUUUCAGUAACACAGAGGGGAAAAGAAAUCUCAAAUAGUUGUUGCACUGUUCAUGAUCCAAAUCGAAAGCGCAUACCCACUGCCAACUUCGUCGGAGUCGGUCCCUGACCGUGCGCCGUUCACUUUGUCGUCAACAUCCCGCGCAUCCAGCUCAGCCCGCCUCCGACGGCCAUGCGUACUAACCGCACCGCCCCUCACGCGAGUACGAUACGCCGGACAACCACCGCCCUAUCGUCCGCCGGCAGUUGCACGCUAUACCAGAUCCCAGCCACAGUUGAAACUCAAUGGACGCUGAAACUCAAUGCAACGUUGAAGAAAUGGUGAUGGAUUUACUCACAAAAGCCGAAUUUGAACAAGCCACUGAGUUCACCAUCCGACUUGCCGCUUCCGAACGACUCGGUAUCGACCUUUCCGACUCACACAGCAGACAAUUCGUCAGAAACAUCAUCGCCACCAACAAGAAACCGCCGCAAGUUUCCACCGAGGCAGUCAAAGAACCGCCGCAAGAGUUGAAUAAGGUGGCGGGAGUGAAAUGCAAGAACGACGACUCUGAUAAAGUCAUUUGUGAGCUAUCAAGCAACAGGAAGGUGACUGUGGGAGAUUACAAAGGAAGGACCUUGGUAUCAAUUAGGGAGUACUUUCUGAAAGAUGGAAAACAGCUUCCCACUCCUAAAGGAUGAGUUUAUCUUCUCAACAAUGGUUAACCUUCAAGAAUAGUGUUCCUGACAUAGAGGAAGCUAUCACAAAGCUGGAAGGAAGGUUAAGGAGAAGGUCAGUAUUCAAUGUUGAUUGCUGAACUAUGAAAAAUACAUGAAUCGUGAAUUUUUCUGAGUUCAGAUAUGCAGCCUGAUAUUAUCUAUUUUAGUACUCUUUUGAAUAUUACUACUCACUUUUUUGCUUACAAGAAUAGUAUGUUGCUAAUCAAGGAUUGAACUCGUCUGCAUUUUAUACGCAGUGAGUAAAGCAUUUUAGCUGGUUAUCCACAUUCACAAAACAAACCAGCAUUAGGAUGCUGAAAUUUAAAGUAAAAACUGAACUGAAUCGUGUAUGAGUAAUGGCAGGGAGUUAUAUGUGGUGGUUUGAUUAUCUACAUUCAAAUUUGGACCACAGUAGAAAAAGAGCCAUUCUUUGUGAGUAUGUUCAAUCCCCUUGGAACAAUAUUGGUGAUUGUGCUAGCAUAUUUUAUUUUGGGGCAACAACUUCACAUUGGCAGUAUAUUGGGAGUACUCAUUGUUAUCAUGAGUCUAUACUUGCUUUUAUGGGGAAAAGAGAGUGAUGGAGAUUACAAGCCACAACAAUCCUUACCAGCGGAACAUGAGGAGAAAGAUUGCAAGGCACCACGGAUAAAGACUUCAGUGGCAUAGGAAGCAUAUAUGAAUAAACUAAAUCAGUUAUGUAAGAGAGCAUCUUGCUUAUUCUCACUCUAAACUUACUAGAUUUAGAUUAAAAGGACUAAUAGUCAGCUUCUAGAUUUCAAAAGCAAAUUCAGGGAGAACAAUUAAUUAGUGUGACAUAGGUUUCAAUGCUUGAUGUGCUUAAGAAAGAAUUUGGCCUAGACAAAGUCUGGCAACAAAUUGUGCACAUCAAUUUCAAAGUCUGGAAAAAGAGUAUUUGAGUAAUAAAGUUUAUUUAAGCUCUUUAUAUCAUUUGAAAAUUCAUUCUAUCUAGUAGUUACGUUUAUUCAACAAGUAUAUUGUGUGAAGAUAGAAGGUGCAUGAGUUUUGGUUCAAAAUGUACAGGGAGGAUAACAUAUUUGUUUAGUCUGUUUGAUCGUGUUGGAUUAUGUGUGAAGCUAUGACACAAACAUAGACACAUUAACAUUGUAAUAAUUGAGAAAGUGAAAUAGUUGAAUGUAACCCAUAUGUAUUAGUUUAUGUAUGCAUAUGUUUGUGUAGACAUAUUCUAAAUUAUAGAUAGAGUUUUAUGUAUUCAAUUGAGGAUCUUUCACCCCUUUGAUCCUCGUACAAAUUCGAUUUUAACAAUCACCUUACACAUAGGAUAUAUUAAUCUCGCACCUUUAUUUAUCCCAAUCACUAUUAUGAAAUCUUAGAAUUUACAUGAGUUUGCAACAAGGGAAAGAUAAUUAUGUAUGACAUAAAUUUUCUAUUUUUGUUUUUUGUUUUUGAAUAUCUUUUAUUUAAUUGAU